AUGGAAAGGUUAACGCGGCUGCUCGCCGAACAUCCCAAGAGAAUUCUAAUAUCCGUCACUUUGCUCCUUUUGCCCCUACUAAGGUACACUAUUUGAAUAAACUAUCAGAAAGUUUUCAGAAUUUUAAAUUUCCCAUUUAACAAAAACAUGGUUUUCAUUUCGUAAAUUUUCUGAGCAUUGAAGUGAAAUGAAUAAAUCAAUAAACGAAGAAUCUUUUUAGCUUCUUCUUGAUCUACUCACAGGAGAUUGAGUGCGACGUCAGAAGAGGCUUCGCCAACAAAAAUGGCCGGGCUAUCAAAGAAUUUCAGGUUAUUUUCAGCUUGUUCAAAGUAUAUUUAGGUCAGGAAUUCUUCCUGAGACAUUUAAAGGACCAUAGCUAAAUUCCAUAAAGGUCUCGAUGCGAAGAGCCAUUUUAUUGUUGUUUUUUGUCAUAAAAUACUUCUCUAUUAUGAAAAACCAACAUGAGUUAAAGUCUUGAAAUUUCACGGAACGACAUUCCGCUGUUCCGCUACGUGCUUUCGCGAAGCGUCUUUCGAAUCAAGGUCACGCUAUCAAUCGAUUGUUGCUGUAGAAGCACAUUAAUGUAGAGAACCUUAAUAAAAGUAAAAAAAAAAUUAAAAGCGCGACCAAGGUUCGCAAAGGCGCGCAGCGGCACAGCGGAAUGUCGUUUGGUGAAAUUCCAAGUCGUAGUACACAGGCUAUACCAAAUCAAAUCAAAAAAAAAUCUCGAAAUCAAAUUUUGAAUGUCAACUUUCUUUCAGAGGUUCUCGGACUUUUACAAUAUCUCAUUCGAAGGGCUUGAGAUCUGGGGAAUUCUAGUGAAAAGUCGGAGCGAAGGAGGCUUUUUGAAAAUGAACGCCGCUCUAUUGGAUGAGGUUUUUCUGAGCAAUUUUUCAACCUCAACCUUUUUUUGCAUGCAGAUUGAACGACUGGAACUGUAUGUCAAAGAAUUUCAAGUGAAGAAAGAUGGAGCGACGAUAAGUUUCAACGACACGACGGCCGCUGAUUUGAACUUUGUUUUCCAUUAUUAUAAGGUUUCGAUUUUAUUCAAAGUUUUUAGAGCUAAUUUUGAAACGUCUACAGUUUCGAACUGCUAAAAAAAUGAUUUUUGUCGGAAGUUUGAAAUGUUCCAAAAAAAAUUUUAAUGUUCUGAAAAUCUUUUUCUUCAAUUUUUUUGGAAAUUUUGCUACCCACGCUGAAUUUUUGAUCAGGAGAUGUGAUUUUCUAAAAUUUUCUUUCAAAAGAAAUUAAGCUUGCGAUCAACAUCUCAAAAAUUUCAAAAUCCAUAACUAGGAAAUCAAAAGUUCGCACAGAUAGCGAUUAUGAGCAGUCUUCUUCUAGACCUUCCAAGGGUUCUCGUAAUAGAUCAACAGAAAAAAAAACUUCAAAUUUCUUCUUGUAAGCAAUUUUCCACCCAUUCCGCCGUUUUCUAGAAACUGUACCCAUUGGACGGCUGGCUUCCCGGCUUGAACCUUUCUUUUCCGAUGUCCAGCGCCUUUGGCACGACUUUCUUCAUCGGAAGUCAGUUCUUCGGCGUCAACCAACAUCGUCCUGACACAGUGAGGCGAAUUCGUGAGAUCAUUCAGACUCUCUCGAUUCAGACUGGCCCGAUAGAAAAGUUCCGAUUCCUGACGUUGUGGUACAUGAGCAAGGCGGAGACUGCGGAGGAGCGUCGGAGUCUUCAAGCAGUUCAGAUGGGCAUCUUCGGCGUCUCCGCCCAGAAUAACUUCAGCCGCCUUUUUUCCUUUGAAAUGUUCGGCGACCAAGUUGCCAAUGCCGAGAUGCUGCGUGGAACCCUCACCACAGUCAAGCUUUUUGUCGUCGGCGCCGCUCUGAUGAUCGCAUUCAUGGCGUUCAAUUUCAGCCAGCUCACCGUCAAGUCUCAGGUUAUUUCAAACUCGUUUUUUUUCUUUCGCCGUCAACGAGGGGGGUUAUCACUGUAAAAAUUUGGCUCUGUUGCAGUCCAUUCGAUAACAAAAGACUUGAAAAAUUUUGUUUAACCUGCUUUUUUUUGCUUUAAAAGAGAAAUCGAUUCGAGAGCCCAGUCAUUAAAAAAAACUCUGAAGUAAAAUUACCUCUCUGUGACCUGUCCACAAUGAACUUUUCAAAAUUUCCUACGAAAAUAUUUUGAAAGGAUGCUUCUAUAGGUCAUGCUGAUCAUCGGAGCGAUCGGCUCUCCAAUCGUGGCCACGUGUUCUUGCUUCGCUCUUCUCGGCUGGUUCGGCCAGGAGUUCAACUCGAUCAUGUGCAUCACCCCCUUCUUAAUCUUGGGCAUAGGUUGGACCUCUCUGCUUCCUUCAAAAAGAGAAUAAAUGUUUGAGGAGUCGACGACGCCUUCCUUCUGCUCCACUGCUGGCGUCGAGAAUCCUCCAUGCCGAGCAAAUCUUCGCGGCUCCGGAGCGUCGUCCUCGAAAUCUCCCCCUCCAUGGCCAUCACCUCCAUCACCAACACCAUGGCCUUCAGUGUUGGAUUCCUCUCGCCGACGCCUCAGGUGAAUUUUCAUAUCCCUUUUCGUAAGAUUCUUAUAGAACUUUCUGUAUGAGAAACAACUAUUUUAAUACAAGAUUUUCUCCAGAUGAGCUCCUUCUGCUUGUGCACGGCGGUAGCCAUUCUUCUCGAUUUCUUAUUCGAGUUCCUCAUUUUCGUGCCAUGUAUGGUCCUUUACUACGAAGAAAAAUCACACAAGAAGCUCCUAAUCGAGCAGAAUAACAUAAAGUUUAGAAUCAUAUGUUCUUUCUUACAAUUUUCUAAUUCAGCAGUUCUACGGGCUGGACCAAGUUUGUCAACCUUUUGCUUUCCCCGGCUGGCCAAAUUCUUGGACUUUCCUUGUAUCUCACCUUGCUGGCCUCGUCCUAUUACGGGGUGACGACUCUGGAGACGACUUUCGACCCCUCGAAGACGUUUCCUUCUGAUUCCAAACUCGUCGAAGCGCUUCAGGACUUUACGUUCAUCCAAGAAGAGGUUGUCCUAUAAAAUAUGAAUAUUAAUAAUUCGGAUCAUCAGUACACUCCGGUGAACUACCUGACGAAGACGCCAAAUCUAUCCAACGACACCGAAAUGGCUUCUUUUGAGAAAAUGGUCCGGGAGCUGGAAAACAGGAACAAUUGCUAUGGAUCGGAACGCAGCCAAAACAUGUACUGGGAUUAUGUCGAGGUUUUUUUUCCGUAUUUUUUUUUAGCUAACUAAUGGUUUUAGUACUUGCGAUCGUCAAAUAAUUCUGUGAUGAACUACAAUAAGUUGGAAGAUUUCUUUAAGCAGCGUGGAAUGAACGACGUCCGAAUGGUCAAGUAUCAUCAAGAAGGGUUAGUGUUUUUCAAUGUUUCAAAUUUUAUAUAAAAUCUCUCUUGAUAAAGUAAUUUUAAAGUAAUUUUAAAAAACAAAUGAAGUUGAAAAAAGAACUCGGACAUUGGUAACGCGAAACGGACGUGCUCCGGACGUUUCUGGGCGAUUCUAGAGAUCACUUAAGAGUUCUGAGGCUACUAAAGGGGUCACUAGAAAUGCCCCGACACGUCCGAUUCGCGUCCCGUUCGCGUUACCAAGGUCUGAGAAGAUUUUAAAAAUCAGCCGAUUUUGUCAAUGGAGCAACUUUUCUGCGAAGUGGAUUUUAAACUUGGAAAUUCAAAAUCUUUUCGAUCAUCAGAUUUUUGACUUAAUUUUUUUUUGAAUUCAUUAUUUUUAUUUAUUUUGCAAUAAAACAAUAAAGCUAUAAAGAUCGUCUUUCUAAUGCUUCUUUGAAAUUGCUGCACUUGUUUUCCUAAUCUUUCUUCAACAAUUCGCUAUUCUGCUUCAAGGAAUGAGACGAAAGUGGACGUCCUGAACUUCUUGGUCAUCUGCCGGGGAGAGAAUGACUGGGGCUCGCGGGCCUCGGCCUUAGAGUCGUCACGACGGAUCAUCGACCGCUAUCCACAGUUCCAAGUCUCUCUUUUCGACUACGACGCCACCAUAUACGACCUCAUCAUCACCGUUAAGGUGGCGUUGUCUGCUCACGUCUUCUUAAUUCAGCUGGAUUUCAGGGCGAACUCAUCAAGUCGGUUUUCAUUACGUUUUCCUGCAUGACAAUGGCAUGUUUCGUCAUCAUGCCGUCCUGUAUAGCGCCUACCAUCGCUUCCGUCGCUACUCUCUCAAUUUCUUACUGUAAGUUUUAAUUUUAAACCCCUUAUCCGCACUCAGAAUGGCUUGACGCGUAGAAAAUAUUGCUUCGAAGCUGCAGAAUUACUAAUGCAAGUCCAGUUUGGACCGCAACGCGAGCUUGGCGCUUUGAACCAUUCUACCUGCGACUUUGACCUUUUUCCAGGUCUUGUUGGUUUCCUAUCAAUUUGGGGGCAAAAUCUGGAUCCAGUCACCAUGAUCGUCAUCAUCAUGGCCAUCGGCUUCAGUGUUGACUACAGGUUUUUUCGAAACUUCCGAAGAAUUUCUUGAAAAAUGAAUUUUUUCCAGUGCUCAUGUAUGUUUCAAUUACUACUGUGCCUGUCGAGCUGGACCGAAAAAUCAGUCUAAAAAAGCUUUGAUCUCCGGAGUUUUGAACGCAGUCGGCCGGCCACUCAUUGAGGUUGGUUUCAGUUUUCUUUCAAAUAGAAAUUUAAAAAAAAACGUUUAAAUAAUCGUAUUUCCCUGACGUUAUUUUUCUGAUUCAAAAAAAAAGUUUAUGGGAAUUCUUUUAGCAAAAGCGGUUGAAAGGCCGUUAAGAAGAGAACCUGAAAAUGGGUAAUCAUCAUAUCGAAUCAAAUAGCUCCCUGAGCUUUUCAAAGGAACUGAACUUGAAAUAGUCUUAAUUAUACCAAAAAAAUGCUGCAUGAUUUUAUGAAAACGAAGCCAUUGUGCUCAUAAAAACAAGUUUACGUUUUAAAAUGAUUAUAUAAACAUUUGAUUAGAAGAUUAUUCAUUAGUUUGUGCACUAAUGUCAAAUUGAAAAAUUUUGAUUUGAUUCUAUUCAAAAAAUGAACUGCAAAGCUUCGUUUUUAUUUUAAAUGAAAUUGCACAAUAAGUUACUCAAAUCGAAAAAUUUAAGUCCAAAUCGCCGCCUGAUUAUGAAAUUUGUUUUCUGGUUUUAUUUUGCACGGGGAAUGGCUAGAAGCGGUAAAAUCCCGUUAAGAGCCCUAAAAAUUGAAUACUAAUAUCAAUAGUUAUAAGUUUAUUCCCUUUAUACGGUAUAAUAAUGAGUAAAUUAUAAUAAAUAAAAGCUAAAAAGGCUGUAGGAUAACCAAUAACGGGGAUUAGUCUACAAAUUUCGAAGAUUGUUUCAAUACUUUUUCUUUCAAUUUUUUUGGAGUCGUUAGAACUGCACAUGGUCAAGUAAAGAACUAAAUAAGUCCAGGAGGAAGGGUUUCAAAAAAGUGGGAGAAAAUGGACUUAGGAAGGCAUUUUUCACGCGUUAUAAAUUUCUUUGAUCUAGAUAGCAACUGUUGAGUAGCUGAUAAGUAUUGAAAAUACGCUCCAGAAGCUUUGAAUUUGAAGUUGACAAUUGUAAAAAAUUGAGAAAAAUUUAAACUGAUAGCAGCAGACUUGUUUCAGGUCUUAAAAAGAUUUUUCCAGAGAAUCUAUAGACAGAAGAAAGUUUUGCAGGCCUCCCUGACGACUCUUCUCUGCAUGCUUCCCCUCUUCGUCGUCCCUGUCUACAUCAUCCGUUCCUUCGCCAAGACAGUCACUCUCGUCACGACUUUCGGACUUUUACACGCUCUUCUCUUCCUUCCCAUCCUUCUCUACGCCAUCCCCAUGCGAAAACCCAAAAAUCGCUUCGUCAGCGUCCCCACCAACGAAACGUGCGUCUCUGAAAUCGCCUGA